GGGGUCCGCUGAGCGCAUCUGUGAGGCGGUUAUUCGUUGGGAGGAAGAGACGGAGCGGCUAUGAGGAUGGCGGCGCUGGCGAGCGCGGCCGAGCGGGCUGUACUGGAAGAGGAAUUCAAAUGGCUUUUACGAGAGGAGGUUCAUGCUGUCCUUCGGCAACUGCAAGAUAUUUUGAAGGAGGCUUCACAUCGGUUUACUUUGCCUGUGAGUGGCUCAGAGGGACCCAUCAAACAAGAGAACUUUAUUCUGGGUAGUUCAAAUGCUGACCAGGUGAAGGGAGUCCUGAUACUUCAGGGAGAUGCCCUGUGCCAGGCGGAUAUUAACUUGAAAAUGCCCAGGAAUAACCAGCUCCUACACUUUGCGUUCCGAGAUGACAAGCAAUGGAAACUACAGCAGAUUCAGGAUGCAAGGAAUCAUGUCAACCAAGCAAUCUACUUGCUUACCAACAGAGGCGCCAAUUACCAAUUCAAGACAGGAAGUGAGGUCCUCAAGCUGAUGGAUGCAGUGAUGUUGCAGUUGUCAAGGGCUCGAAACCGACUCACCACGCCAGCCACUUUAACCCUGCCAGAAAUUGCCUCCAGCGGCCUCACGAAAAUGUUCACUCCUGCUCUGCCUCCAGAUAUCCUGGUGAAUUUCUACAUCAACCUGAAUAAGCUCUGCUUGACCGUCUAUCAGCUGCAUGCGCUACAGCCCAGUUCCACAAAGAACUUUAGACCUGCUGGAGGAUCCAUUCUGCACAACCCAGGGGCCAUGUUUGAGUACAGCAACCAGAGAUACGAAGUCAGCCACGUCCAUAAGGUGGAGUGUGUCAUACCCUGGCUGAAUGAUGCCCUUGUUUUCUUCACGGUGUCCCUUCAGCUAUGCCAGCAGCUAAAGGACAAGAUUGCUGUGUUUUCUGGCUACUGGAACUACACGCUCUACUGAUCCUGCCUUGAACAGUGGUCCAUUUGCCGUUUCAACCAGUCUCUUCCAGGGAGGAAAAAAAAAUCAUUGUAUAAGCUAUAUCUGUGAGGAGUUUUAGGAUUCCCACCACUCAUGGUGGCUGCUGGGUAGGGCACCAUGCCUAGUAUUGGCAUCCUUGUAUGUCAGAUAUUAUUUGUUAGCACUUUAGAAGUACACACAUUUCUUUCCAUGUGCAUCAAGGCUGGGGUUAGGCUAAUCCAGAAAACACUGCUCAGAUCCCACCCACUCGAGAGAAAAAGCAUGGUUGUGAACCACUGUGGAAAGUUGCUCAGGGCCGUGGCUAUACUGAGAGAUCCCUCCACUCCAUGCUUGGUGCCUGCCCUGGAUGGCAAGUGGGACCAGCUCGGGGUGUUGUGGCCACAAGGACCAUUCCUUCCUUACCCAUUCCUUGUCAUGUUUUGGGUUUGCUAUCACUUUCCAUCUGCCAUUCCCCCAAUCUUUUGCACAAAUGUGACUAUUCAUCUCUACAACGUUGCCCCGGAGGCACAGGGAACAGUUUUCUUUUGGUGGUGGGCUAAAACCUGCUUUUAAUAAGCAGAGGCGCUCUCUUUGCCAGGUCUUCCAGUGGGACAUUUUUUGCCCAUCUGCCACCAAGCGCCGCAAACUCUAGAUGACCUGGUGGCAGAAAUGGUUGCUGCUAAACUUGUACGAAUCAUUCCUUGAAUAAAUCCAUUGUAGUGAAAUAAAGA